AGAAAUUUUAUCGAAUUUUUAUAUUUUGCCGAGUUCUAUCUCUUCGAACUUUUGAAACCGCAUCGAUUUCUGCACAGUUUACCGUGGAAAUUCUCAGAUAGUAGAGACUGAUUGAUUUCAAGCGAUGUGUUCAAUUAAAUCCAAUUAACAAAUAUCAGGCUGGUAUUGAGGUACGACGCUACCGACAGACGUCCAUCCAUCUAUAUAUGAGAACGGAAUAUUCGGCCCCACAUUUAGUGGCAUUCAGUCAGCAGCGAGAAGAAGCCAGACUCGAACCAGAAUCUCGUUUUUGGAUCAUUCCGAUUAUUUGUACUGAGUGACAGUGACCUCCGAAGUAUUUCAUACGUAUUCUAAGCGAUACGAUGCGACCAAAUUUAGCGAUACUGAUCAUUUGCUGCGUCCUAAUUCUCACUACAGCACCUGGUUUAAUAUCCUGCCGUGGUAUCGGUCAUGGGGGUGGAUCCGGUCGUUUUGGUGGAUUUGGUGGAUUCGGUCAUUACGGUGGAAUUGGUGGAUUCGGUCAUUACGGUGGAUUUGGUCAUUUUGGUGGAUAUGGCCGACCUGGUUUUGGAAGACCUGGAUUCGUCGGACUUGGUGGAGGCAUCGGGUUGGUAGGGUUGAGUUUGUACGGAAGGCCGGGCUGCGGAUAUUACUACGGAGGUUUCAAUCCGGCCUGCUUCCCUUAUUAUCAUUAAUAACGACGAUGUAAUUUCAAACAAUUUAUAAUAAAUCUGAAAUUAAUUUAAAA